UCGCGGCUAAUUGGAGACUUAACAUCGUCACGAUGGAACACUAAAGGAUACAGUGCGCGAAAGGAUUACGGCCAGUCUCCUCAACGAGGAGCAGGGAUAUACACACAUAGUCUGUGAAAUGUGAAGUGAGCAAGUGAUCCUGUGUUCCGCGUUUGCAUAGUGACAGAGAAACGAGAGAUAUGGGUAGCAAUACGGAAUCCGAUGCCGAGAAGGCAUUGGGCUCUCGCCUGGAUUACGAUCUAAUGAUGGCCGAGGAGUACAUAUUGAGUGAUGUGGAGAAGAAUUUCAUAUUGUCCUGCGAGCGGGGUGAUAUUCCGGGUGUCAAGAAGAUUCUCGAGGAAUACCAGGGAACCGACAAGUUCAACAUAAACUGCACGGAUCCCAUGAACCGCUCCGCCUUGAUUUCGGCCAUCGAGAACGAGAACUUCGACCUGAUGGUGAUCCUGCUGGAGCAUAACAUUGAGGUGGGUGACGCCCUGCUGCACGCCAUUUCCGAGGAGUAUGUGGAGGCCGUGGAGGAGCUGCUGCAGUGGGAGGAGACCAACCACAAGGAGGGCCAGCCCUAUAGCUGGGAGGCGGUGGACCGCUCGAAGUCCACCUUCACCGUGGACAUCACGCCCCUUAUCCUGGCCGCCCACCGCAAUAACUACGAGAUACUAAAAAUCCUUCUGGAUCGCGGGGCCACGCUGCCCAUGCCGCACGACGUCAAGUGCGGCUGCGAUGAGUGUGUAACCUCCCAGACCACGGACUCCCUGCGCCACUCGCAGUCGAGGAUCAACGCGUAUCGGGCUCUUUCGGCCAGCUCGCUGAUAGCGCUCAGCUCCCGGGACCCUGUACUGACCGCCUUCCAACUGUCCUGGGAACUCAAGCGACUGCAGGCGAUGGAAUCGGAGUUUCGUGCCGAAUACACGGAGAUGCGUCAGAUGGUGCAGGACUUCGGGACCUCUCUUCUGGACCACGCACGCACAUCCAUGGAGCUCGAGGUGAUGCUCAACUUCAACCACGAGCCGUCCCACGAUAUCUGGUGCCUUGGCCAGAGGCAAACCCUGGAGCGAUUGAAGCUAGCCAUUCGAUAUAAGCAAAAGACGUUUGUGGCUCACCCGAAUGUCCAACAGUUGUUGGCCGCCAUUUGGUACGACGGACUGCCGGGCUUCCGGCGAAAGCAGGCCUCCCAGCAGUUGAUGGAUGUGGUGAAGCUUGGCUGCAGCUUUCCCCUCUACAGCUUGAAGUACAUCCUGGCCCCGGACUCCGAUGGGGCCAAGUUCAUGCGCAAGCCCUUCGUCAAGUUCAUCACGCACUCCUGUUCCUACAUGUUCUUCCUGAUGCUUCUGGGUGCCGCCUCCUUGAGGGUGGUGCAAAUCACCUUUGAACUGCUCGCUUUCCCCUGGAUGCUGACCAUGCUGGAAGAUUGGCGCAAACACGAAAGAGGCUCCCUACCGGGUCCCAUCGAACUGGCAAUUAUUACCUACAUAAUGGCUCUGAUAUUUGAGGAACUUAAGAGUUUAUAUUCGGAUGGUUUGUUUGAGUAUAUCAUGGAUCUGUGGAACAUAGUCGACUAUAUAUCGAACAUGUUCUAUGUGACGUGGAUUCUCUGUAGAGCCACCGCUUGGGUAAUAGUCCAUCGUGAUCUCUGGUUCCGAGGCAUAGAUCCAUACUUCCCCCGUGAGCACUGGCAUCCGUUCGAUCCCAUGCUUUUAUCGGAAGGCGCCUUUGCCGCCGGAAUGGUGUUCUCGUAUCUGAAACUCGUCCACAUCUUCUCUAUCAAUCCCCAUUUGGGUCCGUUGCAAGUUUCCCUGGGACGCAUGAUAAUCGACAUCAUAAAGUUCUUCUUCAUCUACACUUUGGUGCUGUUCGCCUUCGGUUGUGGGCUCAAUCAGCUCCUCUGGUACUAUGCUGAGCUGGAGAAGAACAAGUGCUAUCACCUGCAUCCGGACGUGGCGGACUUCGAUGACCAGGAGAAGGCUUGUACAAUCUGGCGAAGAUUUUCCAACUUAUUUGAAACAUCGCAGUCCCUUUUCUGGGCCUCCUUUGGCCUGGUGGACCUGGUCUCAUUCGAUUUGGCAGGAAUCAAAAGCUUCACCCGUUUCUGGGCCCUCCUGAUGUUCGGCUCUUAUUCGGUUAUCAACAUUAUUGUGCUCCUCAACAUGCUGAUUGCCAUGAUGUCCAACUCCUAUCAAAUCAUCUCGGAGCGAGCCGAUACCGAGUGGAAGUUUGCCCGUUCGCAACUGUGGAUGAGCUACUUCGAGGAUGGCGGCACCAUUCCACCGCCAUUCAACCUCUGCCCCAACAUGAAGAUGUUGAGGAAGACUCUGGGUAGAAAGCGACCAUCACGAACCAAGAGCUUCAUGCGCAAGUCCAUGGAACGGGCACAGACCCUGCAUGACAAAGUGAUGAAGCUGCUGGUCAGGCGGUACAUAACGGCGGAGCAGAGGCGGCGGGACGAUUACGGCAUUACCGAGGAUGAUAUCAUUGAGGUGCGCCAGGACAUCAGCUCCUUGCGAUUCGAGCUACUGGAGAUUUUCACGAACAAUAGUUGGGAAGUUCCGGACAUUGAGAAGAAGUCCCAGGGAGUUGCCCGAACCACCAAGGGUAAGGUUAUGGAACGUCGCAUCCUCAAGGACUUCCAGAUUGGCUUUGUGGAGAAUCUGAAGCAGGAAAUGAGCGAGAGUGAGAGCGGUCGGGAUAUCUUCUCAUCGCUGGCCAAGGUCAUUGGCAGAAAGAAGACCCAGAAGGGAGACAAGGAUUGGAAUGCCAUUGCGAGAAAGAAUACCUUCGCAUCCGAUCCCAUUGGCUCGAAGCGUUCAUCCAUGCAACGGCAUAGCCAACGCAGUUUGAGGAGGAAGAUCAUCGAGCAGGCCAACGAGGGUCUGCAGAUGAACCAGAACCAGUUGAUUGAAUUCAAUCCCAACUUGGGUGAUGUGACCCGGGCGACGAGAGUGGCCUACGUGAAGUUCAUGCGAAAGAAGAUGGCUGCCGACGAGGUUUCCAUUGGCGACGAGGAAGGUGCUCCGAACGGCGAUGCGGAGAAGAAGCCCAUAGAUGCCUCUGGGUCCAAAAAAUCGACUACCAGCGGCGGAGGAGGAGGAGCUUCAAUGUUGGCUGCAGCUGCUCUGCGAGCUUCCGUCAAGAAUGUGGAUGAAAAGUCCGGAGAGAAUGAGAAGGAUAAGAAAACCGAUGGUAAGCCCAGUACAGUCAGCAAGCCAGCAGAUGACAAGAAGCCCAGUGAGGGGAAGAAGCCAGGUGAUGACAAAGAUAAGCAGCAGCCUUCCAAGGACUCUAAGCCGCCACCAGCGGGUCAAAAGCCCGGUGACCAGAAACCGCCUCCAGGAGCAGGAGCUCCUAAGCCCCAAGCAGCUACAAAUGGAAGCAAGCCUAGUGACCAACAAAAGAAGGAUGCUCCGGCUCCUCCAACCAAGCCAGCCGACACUAAGCCAACAGCUCCCAAGUCCGGAGAACCUGCCAAGCCCGAUGCAGCUGCUAAAAAGGAGGAGUCUUCAAAGACCGAGAGCAGCAAACCUGGAGCCACAAAUGGAGCAGCCAAAAGUGCAGCUCCCUCGGCUCCAUCGGACGCGAAGCCGGAUGGCAAGUUAAAGGCUGGCGGAGAUGGAGCUCCGGAGGGAACGAAAGCCACCAACGGAGCCUCAAAGCCAGAUGACAAGAAGAGUGGUCAGGAGCAGCAGAAAAAGCCAGGUGAUUCCAAGUCAGGAGACGAUGCCAAGGACAAGGAUAAGAAGCCAGGCGAUGACAAGGAUAAGAAACCGGGCGAUGAUAAAGACAAGAAACCUGGCGAUGACAAAGAUAAGAAACCAGCCGACAAUAAGGAUAAGAAGCCUGGUGACGGCAAAGACAAGAAGCCGGGAGACGAUAAGGAUAAAAAACCAGGCGACGACAAGGACAAGAAACCAGCCGACGACAAGGACAAGAAGCCUGCCGAUGACAAAGACAAGAAGCCAGGAGCAGCUCCUCUGAAACCGGCGAUCAAGGUGGGUCAAAGCAGUGCGGCAGCUGGCGGAGAACGGGGCAAAUCCACGGUCACAGGACGCAUGAUCUCCGGCUGGCUGUAAGUCAUCCCCGGAAUGCCGUUUUAUAGUAGUUAUAUAUAUUUAAGGUCCAUGUUUGUGUGAGCAAUAAACGAAUCUCAAAUACAAA